UCAUUGGCGGCGACGUCGUGUAACUUCCUGAUGUACUUCUUGUUUUCUUCACGUCCCGCUUGCACAACCGGACGCCUUCUCGUUGGGUAAAGCUGUCUGAUCCAAUGAGAUCUAAUACUGAAACAAUAGAAGCGCACGGCAUGGGUUUUCAAUAUUUACACCCACUGUCCUGUUGAACACCAAAAUAUUCCAAACGGCUUGCAAUUCGAUCGCUAUCAUAAAAAUUGCCGCUCGUUAGAUCGUGCAGGUCAAGUGUCCACCGAGCGUGGGCCCAAAAUGCAAAAUCAGAGUCAAUAGUCGCGGACGAAGCAUCUCGCGUUAUCCGUUUACGUAAUAACGGCGGCGCGCGCGACAGGUUGCGUCGACACGAAUCGCGUCCUCGCAAAUUGUCUCCGCGCAGCAGCCAGAGAGAAUCCGCCCGUCUCUUCUACUCGGGUAACUGGAUAAAAAAUGUUUUGACACUUGCAGAUGUUGGGAAUGCGGACCUUAUUGUUCACCGCGUACAAGGGCACUAUUGCCAAACGCCGACGUUGCGAUGAGACGAAGGCGGAGCGGUUGGCCUACCUGCCGUUAAUUCAACAUAUCCUGUUUCCUCUUGGGUCUAUGAAAGUUUGCAGCUCGCAGCAGCAGAAGUCAGACGAAGCGAUGGUGUCCAAUACCGCCGCCUUCUCGCUGCCCGUCAGCACCUCAGCCAAGGUCGGCAUCGCCAUCCUGACCUUGGCCUUCGCGCUGGGCUUCCCGGGGAACGUCUUCGUGGCGUGGUCGGUCGUUUGUCGCGUCCGCAAGCGCUCGGUGACGUGCUUGCUGGUGCUCAACCUGGCCGCGGCCGACGCCUCGGUGCUGCUCACGGCGCCCGUCUUCUUGCGUUUCCUGGCGGGGGGGCGGGGGUGGGAGUUCGGCUCGCCGGCCUGCAAGCUGGUUCACUACCUGUCCAGCGUCAACAUGUACGUGUCCAUCUACCUCAUCUGCCUGAUGAGCAUGGAUCGGUGGAUGGCCGUCACCAGGCCUUUCUUAUCCCAGAGGAUGCGGACGAAGCGAUCCCUGCUGAUUCUCCUCCUGGGAGUCUGGGUCUCGGCGUUCCUGCUCUCCAUUCCGAUGCCCUUCUACCGCAGCAAUCUGAGGAAAGUACUCCCGAACAAUGCCACGCUGAGGUUUUGCGUGCCGUACCACUGGCAAAGCGUAGGUCAUCGGGUCUUCCAGUACACCUUUGAGACAGUCACGGGCUUCCUGGUGCCCUACUCCCUCAUCAACACCUGCUAUUCGUCCGUCAUCUGCCGCCUGCAGAGCGCCGCGUUCAAGCGGCGGGGCCAAGGCAGCCGACUGAUUCUGAUGAUCAUCUGCACCUUUGCGCUUUUCUGGCUGCCGUAUCACAUCGUCAACACGAUCGAGGUGAUUCCGUCAACCUCGCAGGUCAGCAGAGAUGGAGCAAAACUCAAUUUAACCCCGCGCCGCCCGCCAGGUGAUCGGCCUUUUGCAAGGAAGCCGUACGACCGUGGCGGCCGCCCUCGCGGCCCGUCCCAACGUCACCGCCUUCGCCUACUUCAGCAGCGCCGUCAACCCGAUUCUGUACGUCUUCGCCGGCAGCUCCCACAUCCGCCAGGCCGGUCUCGGCUUCAUGGGCAAGCUCUUCGAGGCCACCAACUCCGAGAGCAGGAGCACAUCCACCUUCAUCCGCGGCGGACGCACCGGCUCCUCGCGGGAAGACGGCUCGGUUCUGCAGACGCUUUCCGUCAAACCGGCAAAGCCGUUCAGAGGGAGGCGGGGAGACGCCGGCGACGCGGAGACGAGAGAGACGGAUGAGCCGGAACCGAAGACUCCGGCAAGUGUGGAGCUCUUAGAAUAGACACUGUGAUCAAUUGUCUUUCCAAUUUUACAAAGUACACUUCCUUGUCCUUUCUUUGUCGUAUACCUGCGAAUCCACCCACUUCCAUACUCGACAAGAAUUUAAGAGCACCGAUGAGGUCGGAGAAGUAGUCAUCUGUUCAUGUUUGUUAUCGUCACUGCGGUUGUAGUUUGUAGCGGUGUACUAUCGCACGGCGUCACGCGGAGGACCGUUCCUAACUUAAACGGCACGUGUCGACGCACACUUCCUUUCUUUCAUCACACGCCAUUUACAAAACCUCACUUAUUUAGCGUCAAACCGGGGCUCAAUUUCCAUGUUCAGGAGAAUCUACGCAUGUCCAAACUGAUGUAUUUAAAGCAGGAAAAGUACCAAAUAAAGCAUUUACCGGAAAGUAA